UUCCAAUUGUUUCCUUUUUCGGCUGCUCAGCGACCCGCGAAGCGAUCAAGAAACGACCGGAGAAGCUUUUUCCAGUUUUGGAGGAACCACGAACGAAUUCCGAUUUGUAGGGAAGAAAAAUGAAGAUCACGUCUCUUCUGGUUCUGAAAUGCAGCUCUGAAGAAUCAGAUCCGGUUAUCCUCGCCAAUGCCUCUGACGUCAGCCAGUUCGGGUACUUUCAGAGGUCGUCAGUCAAAGAAUUCAUCGUCUUUGUCGGUCGCACCGUCGCCAAACGUACCCCGCCGGGCCAACGCCAAUCUGUUCAGCACGAAGAAUACAAGGUGCAUGCAUACAACAGGAAUGGUCUCUGUGCAGUGGGUUUUAUGGAUGACCACUAUCCCGUGCGCAGUGCGUUCUCUGUUCUUAACAAGGUAGUGGAUGAAUACCAGAAGAACUUUGGAGAAUCUUGGAGGACUGUACAGUCAGAUUCCACCCAACCAUGGUCCUAUUUGAAUGAAGCUCUAACCAAAUUUCAGGACCCUGCAGAAGCUGAUAAAUUGCUGAAAAUCCAGAGGGAGUUGGAUGAAACUAAGAUCAUUCUUCAUAAAACCAUUGACAGUGUGCUUGAACGAGGUGAAAGGCUGGACAGUUUAGUUGAGAAGAGUUCAGAUCUGAGUGCAGCAUCACAGAUGUUUUACAAGCAAGCAAAGAAGACCAACCAAUGCUGUACUGUGUUAUAGGUUUAUAAUUACAUAACUGAACGAGCAAAAGUAAUUCAGUUGCUGGAGAAUAUUUCUUCUUGAGAGUGUUCACAACCUGGUUCCUGCUCAGAAGACGAUGACAACAAAAUGAAAAUUGUAAUCUAUUUUAUAUCAUAUGCACAAGUAUUUGGCCAUCAGAAUUUCUUGGACCUGUAUUUUGUCUUUUUGUCUUCUGUUUUCCUUUUUAGUGAAGAAGGAAAAGCGACAUGUUCAUGACGGAUUCUUGUUUCUAUAGUGUAAAGACAUUAACUGUUUAUAUAUAAGCAAAGAUCUGUCUAAGCUUUGGUUGAA